CGGAAGUUAGGGAGUGGGUGUAGGGAGUGACAACAGCAAACGAGAAUAAGACAUUUUAAAACAGUUGCAAGCUAUCCAGAAAUACACAGAAAACAAUUAUAACCUGUAGAAUAACAUAACAUUCAGUCCGACAUGGAACUGUGUGAAAUACUGUACAACAAAGCGGAAUACAUCGAAACGGCAUCUGGAAACAAAGUUAGCAGGCAAUCAGUGCUGUGUGGAAGUCAGAACAUCGUUCUCAAUGGCAAAACUAUCGUAAUGAAUGACUGUAUCAUUCGAGGUGAUCUCGCUAACGUCAGAGUUGGAAGGCAGUGCGUUAUCAAGAGCCGUAGUGUGAUUCGUCCACCUUUCAAAAAGUUCAGCAAAGGGGUGGCCUUCUUCCCUCUGCACAUCGGGGACCACGUCUUCAUCGAGGAGGACUGCGUCGUCAAUGCUGCCCAGAUCGGCUCCUACGUCCACAUAGGGAAGAACUGCGUGAUUGGCCGGCGGUGCGUUCUGAAGGACUGCUGUAAGAUUCUGGACAACACGGUCCUCCCUCCUGAGACAGUGGUACCUCCCUUCACAGUGUUCUCAGGCUGUCCAGGCUUGUUCUCAGGGGAGCUUCCAGAGUGUACACAGGAGCUCAUGAUUGAUGUCACCAAGAGCUACUACCAGAAGUUCCUCCCGCUCAGCCAGAUUUAGUCAUCAGGACUGUAUGCUUUACAUGGACCAAUCAAGAUUCCCCUGUUUGUUCUGCGCCAGGGCUGGGAGAACCUAAAACCAUCUUGCUCUGGGCCCACGUCUGUACAAAUGAAGGACUGUCACAUAAGACCUCGAGCCCUCACGAAGUAAAUGGAACAUCUUACUCAGAGCACCGCCUGUUUUAACCCCCUGCGUUUAUUUAACGUCAGUAUUUAUUAUUUGUGAAAGAUCUUUCCUUCUCAUUCUUAUUGUAAAUGCAACACUAAAGUGUGACCCGUGACUCCAACUGCAAAGUCACAGUGAGAGCUCUUGCAAAUAAAAUGACCAUUUCAAAAACAAAGUACUGUCACUGGAACUUGCUGAGAUACUGACAGUGUGUUUCUUGUACGUUUUGAUCAAUUGUCUCAUUGAGAAAGUGACAAGAAUUGCAUACAUAUAUGUUAAUAUGG